AUGUCGCUACACAAAGAGUCAGAGUCGAACGGGCACACGAGUCCCUCUGCUGGAUCGCCGAAUGGACUGAGCAGUGGCAACGAUGGAACGAAGCGGAAUCUGCGGGUGAGCCAUGCAUUCAGUCGCCUCUCGAGCGCCGGGUCUCUUACGACACGAGUGAAGCCCCGACAUAUACAACUCAUCUCCAUGGGCGGGGCGGUCGGCACGAUCAUGUUUGUGCAGAUCGGGUCCGCGUUAUCGAUCGGCGGACCCGGGAGCCUCUUCGUAGCGUUUCUGCUCUGGUCGACGGUCCUGCUGGCGGUCAACACCUGCCUCGCGGAGAUGGUCUGCUGGCUCCCGAUCUCCUCCCCGUUCGUCCGUUUCGCCGACCGUUUCGUAGACGAGGCCCUCGGCGUCGUGAGCGGGCUGAACUUCUUCAUCUAUAUUGCUAUCGGCAUUCCUUUCGAGAUGACGGCUGCGAACCUCAUGCUUCAGUUCUGGACAGAUAGAAUCCCAGUGGCCGCUGUCAUAGUGUUUAUGAUUGUCGCAUAUGCGGCCUUCAACGUAUUCGCUGUGCGGCUUUAUGGCGAGGUGGAGUUCUGGCUGGCGAUUGGGAAGAUCGUCCUGGCUGUGGGACUUUUGCUGUUCACACUGGUGGUUGCCCUGGGUGGGAAUCCUGAACACGAUCGAUUUGGAUUCAGAAAUUGGGAUAGCUCGAAAGUCUCGGGCGCGCCAUUUGUCCCGUACGUGUUUCCUGGCGCCACCGGUCGCUUCAUCGGGUUUCUGAGCUGUCUUGUGGAAGCUGCGUUUACCAUGCAGGGACCCGAGUACAUUGCAAUGACCGCCGGAGAAGCCGCGCAACCCCGUCGCACGAUGUAUCGCAGCUUCUCCUCCAUCACAUUCCGCCUGGUCGUCUUCUUCGUUUUCGGCACACUGUCCGUCGGGGUCCUCGUUCCGCACUCCGACCCUGCCCUACUCGGCGCCUCCGGACACGUCAAACGGGGUUCGGGAACGUCGCCGUACGUCAUCGCGAUGACGCGCCUGCGCAUUCCCGUUUUGCCGCAUGUGGUGAACGCGCUCGUUCUGCUGUCCAUAUUCUCCGCAGGGAACAGCUACGUAUAUACGGCAAGUAGAACGCUGUAUGGGAUGGCGCUGGAAGGACAAGUGCCCCGUGUUUUUGCGCGCUGCAGCAAGAGAGGUGUCCCGAUCUAUGCGGUGGGGGCUUCGAUGUUGUUUUCUUCGCUGGCGUUCCUGCAGCUGAAUAGAGAAAGCGCUGUCAUCUUGCAGUGGAUCUCUCUCAUUGCCACCGUUGGCCUGAUGAUCAACUAUGCCCUAAUCUCGCUCACAUAUCUGCGUUUCAGAGCCGCCCUCGCUGAACAAAAUGUGCCUCGCUCAACUCUGCCGUGGGUCGGUCGACUGCAGCCAUUCUGCGGCUAUUAUGCCCUCAUUACAUGCACAACAAUGAUAUUUCUCUCUGGAUACGCCGUCUUCCUCCCCGGUCACUGGAGCGUCACCACAUUCGUUUUUUCUUACGUCUUGAUUUUGAUCUUACCUUUGGUCUUUCUCACGUGGAAAUUUACUAAACGGACCAAGGCUAGUUUGCGAAAGGUGUCCGAGAUCGAUUUAUUCAAACGCGAGAGAGGGACCAUGGAUGAUCGGGAUUGCAUUUAAUCAUGCGACAAAUGUAUAAUUGUUUUUACUUUUCUAGGCUAUUAGCCAGUAGGGACGAUCGCUGUCCGAGUACAACGAGUAUAGGCUUUUCUGUCCGUGCGUACAA